CCCUACUCUUUAACUACAAAACAAAGCGUUCCUCACCUAAAAAUCAAAUACGCAACAAUUAUCAACGCGUUUCAGAAAUUUCAUACCACCAUCUGCUACCUAACUCAGGGUUCAACCUAGCUGGUCAAUAUUCCGAUCUAAAAAUAUAACCAGUAUCCAGAUCUAGCGUUUGGAAAGUACAUCAAAAUGAGCCGUCCACAGGGUCCACACCGCCCUUUCUUCCAUUUUGGAAAUCCUUUCCGAAUGAUAUCAUCCAAGGGUUCUGGUUUACCUGAAAGGCUUCUUUCUCUGUUGAUUGCUUUUGAGGAAACCUUGGCCGAGAGGCUUAGGAAACUAAUUCCAAAGGACAAGGAUGAGGUCCUCAGUUUAUCAUGGAUGAAACUAGCGAUGGAUUCACUCUGCGAGACUCACAGUGGUGUAAAAAACCUUAUAACUGAGCUGGAGCUUCCUGUGAGUGACUGGGAUGAGAAAUGGAUAGAUGUGUACUUAGAUAUCAGUGUGAAUUUGCUCGAUCUUUGCAUAGCUUUUAGCUCUCAACUCACAAAGCUUAACCAGGGUCAUCUCUUGCUUCAGUGUGUCCUGCGUAAUUUGGAUUCUUCCUCUCCAAAACAGUUUGUGCGUGCCCGUUCUUCGCUUGAUAGCUGGAGACAGCAUAUCAGUGCAAAGAACCCUAGAGUUGGGAGCUGUCACUCAAUCUUAGACAAUCUGGUGCGAUCUUUGGAUUUGCCCAAGGUUAAGAACUCUGCCAAAGGGAAAGUUUUGAUGCGUGCCUUGUAUAGUGUUAAGGUGGUGACUGUAUUCAUCUGUAGUGUCUUUGCUGCAGCAUUGUCUGGAUCUGCUAAGAGUUUGUUGGACUUGAACGUUUCUGACACAUUACCAUGGGCAGCAGCAUUUUCUGCCUUGCAAGCUAAUGUUAAUGGGGAACUUAGAAAUGUAUUUGGGACUGGAAGAGUUACAGUUUUGAAAGAAUUAUAUGCGGUUGAUGCCAGCAUCAAGAAAUUGUAUCCAAUGAUCCAAGAUGGGGUGGAACCUGUUGAAGUUGAACAGUUUAAGAAUUCUGUUAUAGAUUUAGGAAAGCGGGAAGAGAAACUUUCAGAGGGGCUAGAUCUUCUUACAAAGGCAGUGGAUGGGUUUUUCAAGAUAGUUUUAACAGGGCGUGAUGCUUUGCUUUGUAAUCUAAGAGCAGCUGGUACCGAGUCAGUGUUAGGAAGUAAUGUAGAACAGCUAGUUGGAAGGUGAUCGAUGAAUGCAGUAUACUUCAUCGUAUAUAGGUGUUAUAGGUAUUGUGCCUUGUGUUAUGUGGUUGUUAGAAAUAUACCAUCAAGUAUUGUGUGUGAACCAUGUUGUAAUGUGUGUCAUAUUACUGUUUUUCUGGUUUGUACAUGUACUUUGUACUGUAUAAUACCAGUGACGUAUAAAAGGAAGGGUUUGUACUACAGUUUGCUCAAGUGUCCAUAUUUAA